GUCCAAAAAAAAGAAAAAAGAAAAAAGAAAAAAAGAAAAGAAGGUAAAGGGCAAAAGGGUUAGCGGAAUCGUCGAAGACGGAGAAGAAGAAGAUGAAGAAAAAGAAGGUUAAUUGCGGUUAAAAGAUCCGAGCGGGAGUUUCAGUAUCCCGCGCAUCUCACACAGCAUCGCCAAAAAUACCCCCCCAAAAAAUCACUCUUUUCCCUCUCUAAAGCUAUCCGUUCCUUCAAUCUAGGGUUUACUCUCUCUCUCUCUCUCAAUUUUGAUUUCGAAACUAUUCGAUGGAGGACGAGAAGGGCGGCGGCGGCGGUGGUGGCGCUGGGAAAUCGGCGAGGACUUCGUUGUCGUUCGUAUCAGUGGGUGGGAGGCAGAGGUUCACCGUGGAAUUGAGACCAGGAGAGACCACAAUCGUUUCGUGGAAGAAGCUUGUGAAGGACGCUAGUAAGGUUGACAAGCCCACCUCGGCUCCCGAACCUCCCUCCAAUGCUCAUCCUGCUCUCGAGUCUCGUUUAGCUCCUCCGGGACAACCCGCUGAAAAUGAAGCGAUGGAUGCACCCCCAGCAAGUCGUUUUAGUGCUGUUAUUGAAAAAAUAGAACGCCUAUAUAUGGGUAAGCAUAGUAGUGAUGAGGAAGAUCUUAACGAUGUUCCUGACGAUGAUGAAUAUGAUACUGAAGAUUCCUUCAUAGACGAUGCUGAGCUGGAUGAGUAUUUUCAGGUUGAUAACUCAGCCAUAAAACAUGAUGGAUUCUUUGUUAAUCGGGGAAAAUUGGAACGCAUAAAUGAACCUAGCUCAUUGCCUAACCAACAACCUAAGAAAAGGAGGAGGAAAGAUUUGGCAAAAGGUCCUGGUGAGGGUGAUGAUGGUAAUGUGUCAAAUAAACAUGUAAAAGUGGGAAAGAAGGCUGAUGGAAAUUCAGUGGCAUUGGCUGUGAAGAACAUUACUGGUCCCUCUCAUGUUGUGGCCUUGCCUAUUACUGGUUCCUCUCAUGUUGGGGCCUUGCCUAUUACUGGAGCUUCUCAUGUUGUGGCCUUACCUAGUGUACACCAUGAGGAUAUGAAAUCGCAGAAUCAAAUGAGUUCUUCUGUAAUUUGUGCUAAAACGAAAACUGCUGAAACUAAAUCUUCAUUGGAUCCAGCUCCUCCUUCCAAAGUUUCAAAUGGUGAUGCUGCAUUGUCUUUAGCAGAGGAAAAGGAUAUUGAUAAGCAGAAGACAGGAAUGGCCCCUUCUAGGUACCAGGCUAACAAAUUGAAGGUUGAAGGUGAAAUCUCUGAUGCUUCAAUACAGAGGUCUCAUGAUAAAAGUUCUUAUGCACAAUGCAAAUUGCAUUCUGGAAAAUUAUUGAAUAAUGUUGACGAGUUAGAUCAAUCAGUUCUACGGAGAGAGAAAGAUAGCAUUCGUGAAAGGCCUGACCUCAAUGUGUCUGAGGGAAAGUAUUCCAUGCAAACUGUGAAAACUCCACUCUUGCAGAGAAAGGAAGGUUCCAGUGCUAGGCCGAAAAGUACAAUGCUUGAGAAGGCCAUUAGGGAGUUAGAGAAGAUGGUUGCAGAAUCAGCAAGACCACCAACAAUGGAAGUUCAGGAUGCUGAUGUAUCAUCUCAGGCAGUCAAGAGGAGGUUGCCAAGCGAAGUAAAGCAGAAGCUUGCUAAAGUUGCUAGACUAGCGCAGGCAAGCCAUGGAAAAAUAUCGAAGGAGCUGGUUAAUCGGCUAAUGAGUAUUCUUGGUCACAUGAUGCAGUUGAGGACAUUAAAGAGAAACCUCCAAAUCAUGGUUAAUGUGGGCUUGUCAGCCAAAAAGGAGAAAGAUCAUAGAUUUCAGCAGAUGAAGAUGGAAGUUGCUGAGCUGAUUAGAGUGCGGGUGCCCUAUAUAAAGUCCAAGGCACUUGAGCAACAAGCUGGAUCAUCUGAUGAUUUUCAGGAAAUUUGCAAAGAAGAAAAAGAAGUCAUUAAAAGAAAAUAUAGCAUGGAUGAUGCAUUGGAGGACAAGAUUUGUGAUCUCUAUGACCUUUAUGUUGAAGGGCUGGAUGAAGAUGCAGGACCACAAGUGAGAAAGUUGUAUGCAGAGCUUGCAGAAUUAUGGCCAGAUGGAUUUAUGGACAACCAUGGGAUUAAACGUGCUAUAUGCAGGGCAAAAGACAGGAAGAGGGCACUGUACAGUCGGCAUAAGGUUCAGGAGAAAAUCAGGAGGAAGAAGUUGAUUCCAAGGACUGGGGAGACUGUUCAAGUUGAGACUAGUUCUGUUGCUCAGCCACAAUAUACACAAGAAAAAUUGGUUACUGAUUCUAACAAUUACAGUUCAACUUCACUCAGCAGGCCGGUGCCCAAUGCAACAGCAACAAAUAUGACUGUUCGGAUGCCCAGUACCUUAGUGAAUGGCCCCAACUUGGACCGGCCAAAACAGGAGAAAGUAAAGGGUAGCUCAAAUAAUCCCAAUGACACGAGGACAAUGGAUGCAUUAAUAAAGAAGAAGGUCAGGAGGAAGCCAGAAUUGGAGUUGGGUGAAUCUCAAUUACGUCCAGAGAAGUUAACAUCUGCACAGGGUGAGGAACGACACAAGUCCCAAAAACCAAGCAUUCCGUUGACUACUGCUGCUGCUGCUCCUCCAUACUUUGAACAGUCCAGCUGAUAUGAUAUAGCUCAAUUAGGACCUUCACACCAUGAAGGUGUUUGUGUAACACAAAUCUUUGUUUCUCUCUGUUUAUUUUCUCACGGCUUCAUUCAUUUCUGACCAAUUUUUUUUUUUUACUUGUGUAAUUAAAGGUUUGAUGUCAUGUUGGAAAAAGAAUAUAAUUCUAUCUUGAUGAGAGGUAACACAGCUGUAAUUUUUGUUUGCCAUGUGUA